AUUUUCUUGUAUUACAGUUCUAACAUAUGGUUUUUAAUGCUCCACCUGAACAACUGAGAUGAGACUGAAGACUUCGCUUUUAAAGGAACCAAAACAUAAGGAAUUGGUGAGCUGUGUGGGAUGGACAACAGCUGAUGAGCUCUACUCCUGCAGUGAUGAUCACCAGAUCAUGAAAUGGAACCCUUUAACAAGCGAGACAACUCGGGUGGUCAAACUUCCAGACGAGAUUUAUCCCAUAGAUCUCCACUGGUUUCCCAGGAGCAUCGGUGGGAAGAAGCAAUCCCAUGCUGAGAGCUUUGUCCUGACGAGUUCUGAUGGGAAGUUCCACUUGAUUUCCAAGUUAGGAAGAGUGGAGAAAAGUGUGGAAGCACAUUGUGGGGCUGUGCUUGCAGGAAGGUGGAAUUAUGAAGGAACAGCACUGGUCACAGUGGGUGAAGAUGGCCAAGUGAAAAUCUGGUCUAAGAGUGGAAUGCUGAGAUCCACUUUAGCUCAGCAAGGAAGCCCCGUGUACUCCGUGGCCUGGGGACCUGACUCUGAAAAAGUUCUUUACACGUCAGGGAAGCAGCUGAUUAUUAAACCUCUUCAGCCAAAUGCUAAAGUUUUGCAGUGGAAAGCCCAUGAUGGACUGAUUUUAAAAACUGACUGGAAUUCAGUUAAUGAUCUGAUUCUUUCUGCAGGUGAAGAUUGUAAAUAUAAGGUCUGGGACAGCUACGGGCGGCUCCUGUACAGCUCCCAGCUCCAGGAAUAUCCCAUCACAUCCAUCGCCUGGUGGUCUUAUGCCCUGGAGAAGCCCAACACUGGCAGCAUAUUUAACAUUUCCUGGUCCAUUGAUGGCACCCAGCUGGCUGGAGCCUGUGGGAAUGGCCAUGUCAUCUUUGCCCACAUCGUGGAACAGCGGUGGGAGUGGAAGAACUUUGAGAUCACAUUAAUUAAGAGGAGAACCAUGAAGGUGCACAAUGUCAUUAAUGAUGCUGAGGAUUCCUUGGAAUUCCGGGACAGGGUCAUUAAAGCCUCCUUGGAUUAUGGAUAUUUGGUUGUUUCAACUUCUCUUCAGUGUUACGUGUUUUCGACAAAGAACUGGAACACCCCACUGAUCUUUGACCUGAAGGAAGGAACAGUGAGUUUGAUUUUACAAGCAGAAAGGCAUUUUCUUCUUGUAGAUGGUGGAGGACUUUAUUUAUAUUCAUAUGAAGGCAGAUUAAUUUCCUCUCCAAAAUAUCCAGGCAUGAGAACAGACAUUUUAAAUGCCCAGACAGUGUCUCUGAGCAAUGACACUCUGGCAGUAAAGGACAAAGCUGAUGAGAAGGUUAUUUACAUCUUUGAAGCUUUAUCUGGAAAGCCACUGGGUGAUGGAAAACCUCUGACCCAUAAGACUGAAAUUGUGGAGAUUGCUUUGGACCAGAAAGGACUUACGAGUGAGAGAAAAAUCGCUUUUAUCGAUAAGAACAGAGAUCUUUACAUCACUUCAGUGAAAAGGUUUGGGAAAGAGCAGAAGAUUGUCAAAAUAGGGACAAUGGUUCAAACUUUGGCUUGGAAUGACACUUCCAACAUCCUCUGUGGGAUCCAGGACACCCGUUUCACAGUCUGGUACUACCCCAACACAGUCUAUGUGGACAAAGAUCUCCUCCCAAAAACCCUCUAUGAAAAAGAUGGAAGUGAAUUCAGCAAAAACCCCCAGAUUGUGAGUUUUGUAGGGAAUCAAAUAACAAUUAGGAGAGCAGAUGGUUCCCUUGUCCACCUGAACAUUUCCCCUUAUCCCGGGAUUCUCCAUGACUACGUCAGGGCUUCCCACUGGGAAGAUGCUGUCAGGCUGUGUCGCUUUGUCAAGGACCAGAGCCUGUGGGCGUGUUUGGCUGCCAUGGCAGUGGCCAACAAAGACAUGACCACGGCUGAAAUCGCCUAUGCAGCCAUUGGGGAGAUUGACAAAGUCCAGUACAUCAAUUCCAUCAAGGAGCUGCCAUCCAGGGAGUCAAGGAUGGCUCAUAUGCUGCUGUUCAGUGGGAACACCCAGGAAGCUGAGACUCUGCUGCUUCAGUCAGGCCUGAUUUAUCAAGCUAUCCAAGUCAACAUUAACCUCUACAACUGGGACAGGGCCCUGGAACUUGCAGUGAAGCACAAGACACAUGUUGACACAGUCCUGGCUUAUAGGCAGAAGUUCUUGGAGGAUUUUGGUAAAAAAGAAACCAACAGGAGAUUUUUGCAAUAUGCAGAAGGGCUGGAAGUGGACUGGAAUAAAAUCAGAGCCAAAAUCCAGAUGGAAAUUGUUAAAGAGAGAGAACAAGCAGCAGCCAGUCCUGCAGGGAGGACCAGUGUGACUGUGCAGCAAUAACUGACAUUUUGGGCACCUUAACAAGUGCUUCUGCAAUGUUUUGUGCUGGCAUAUUUUGAUAAACAUAAAAAAAAAAAGCCACAGGAACAUUUAGUGGGCAACAGGAGUGAGAAUUUGUGGAGAUCUCAAUGGCUGGGUGACACACAGAAUUGUUUCUUCGCUCUCAUUUUGAGCUGGGUUCAUUUUUCUGGCUCCAUUUUAGUCCAUAAUCUGAGAAAAAAGGGAAAUUAGCUGUCCCUCUGCUCGUGGCUUUUGAAUUGUCUUUGCCAUUCAAAUGACUUAACCUUGGUUGCCACUAAUUUCUCUCUUUAAGCACCUAGUUGGGUUAUUUCUGCAGCCUCAGGGACCUCUCCAAAGUCUUGUUUAAAUUGUCCUAAAAGCAAAUUUAGCAAACUGUAAGUAUUGAAAAUGUAAAAAAGGAGUUUGAGCCUGUGAAAUACAAACCACUUCACUCCCAGUUAUGGAAAUACCUGUUUCUGUCAGUGCAUAUGGACCAGCAGGUUCUUUAACAGGUGAUUUCAGGUGAUUUCAGCAACUCAGGAUUGUCACUGAGCAAACUAUUUACCAAUAAAGGGUAUUUUCUGAGAGACUGUAAAUUGUUUAAAAUGCUUUGGAAUGUGCUUUUAGGGUGGUUUGAGGUAAAACCAGCACUGGGGGUUGGUUUUGUAGCAUCUGACAUGAAAAACUGACAACAAUAUUCAAAAUAAGGAAGAGCAUUUCAUGUGUUUUUUUUUUCUGCCCAAAGCACUUGAUUUGCAAAUAUUGUUUUUACAUUUGUGUUAUUUCAUCAAGAUACACUUUUUCUUUGUUUUACAUAUGAAAUUGGCUGUAUAUUUGAGAUGUUUUUGCAGAAGUUCUUUGUGUGAUAAAUACAGGAGCGGGUUAUUCAUCACUGACAUUGUUUAAUAUGUAUUUUUCAAAUGUUACCCUCAAAAUAUCUGUACAUAUGGGAAAUGUCUUCUGGUUUGUAAAUCAUUAUGUGACCCUUUUGUGCAUAGUUCAUAAAUUUCUUAAUAAGACCAAAUAAUAAAUAAAUAAAAAAGAGCAGAAGGAUACAGAUGUUUCAGGUAUGGUUUGGUUACAUUAUUGCCCAGUGCAAAAACAGUGAUUCUCCAGUGAUUUAAUAUCCCUUAAAAACAAAUAAUCCCUUAAA